AUGGAACUGCUACGUCUCCUGCUUUCGCAUCCAGUAGCUUCGGCCGUCGCUCUGGGGGCAGUCUACUUGCUCUGGGUGGUUCUCGACAGGCUGUAUCUGUCUCCCAUUGCCCGUUUCCCUGGGCCCAAACUCGCUGCGCUGACACAUCUGUACGAGUUUUACUGGGAUACCGUCUGCUGCGGACAGUUCACCUUUCAGAUUGGCCGCCUUCAUGAGAAAUACGGCCCCAUCGUGCGCAUCAGCCCAACCGAGCUGCACGUCAACGACCCCGACUACUACGAAGUCCUCUACUCGCGCGACAGCCCCCGCAACAAAUAUGAAUACUACCAAAAGACCCUCAACGCCCCCUUGGCGCUCCUCAACACGAUCGAUCACCACCUGCACCGCCAGCUCCGCGCCCAGUUGAACCCCUUCUUCUCCAAUGCGCGCAUCCGCAGACAGGAACCCGCCAUCAAGGCCCUCGUCGACAAGCUGUGCCGCCGCCUCGAGGAGCUCAAGAACACCGGCCAGCCCCUCAAUAUCGAGCACGCGCUCACUUGCUACACCACCGAUGUCAUCACCGACUACAGCAUGGGCGAUGGCUACCGCUACCUCGACGCCCCCGACUUCAUUCCGCAGUGGUACGGGACGCUGAACGGCACCGCCAAGACUAUGGUGUUUAUCCGUCCGGUUGCCUGGGCGCUGCCGUUGCUGCUUGCCUUGCCGGAGCGGGUGACCGCGUGGCUGAACCCCGGGAUGGAGCUGUUUUUCGAUUUCCAGCGCCGAUGCCGCAAGAUGAUCAAGGGGAUUGUCGCGGCGCAUAAGGAGAAGGGCGACCAGGCUGCGCAGAACGCGGCGUCGGUGAAUAUCUUCGAGGAUAUCCUCCGGAGUGAUCUGCCGGCGAAGAACAAGAGUGAGACGCGGCUGGCGCAGGAGAUGCAGGUGCUUGUGUCUGCGGGGGCGGAGACCACUGCCAAGGCCAUCACCUAUAUUCUGUUCUAUCUGCUGAAUGACCCCGAGACGAUGGCGAAGCUCAAGGCUGAGUUGGAGACAGUGGGCGAGGAUCCGCCGCUCAUCCAAUUGGAGCAGUUGCCUUACCUGACUGGUGUGAUGUUGGAAGGAAUCAGACUGUCCUACGGCGUCUCUGCCCGUCUUCCGCGAAUCGCCCCCUACAACGCCCUCAAGUUCAGAGACUGGACCAUUCCUCCAGGAACCCCCGUGAGCAUGAGCUGCCUCCUAAUGCACCACAACGAAACCGUCUUCCCCGACUCGCACCGCUUCAAGCCCGAGCGUUGGCUCGACCCCGUGGAGCGCAAGCGCCUGGAAAAGUACAUGGUCGCCUUCUCCAAGGGAUCGCGCCAGUGUAUCGGAAUGCAUCUCGCCAAAGCAGAAAUCCUCUUGUCCGUGCCGGCUCUCCUCCGCAGAAUGGACCUGGAGCUGUACGAGACCACGGUGGAAGACGUAGCCAUCAAGCACGAAAUUUUCAUUCCUUUCCCCCGGAUGGAUAGCAAGGGUGUGCGCGUGUUGAUCAAGGGAUGA